AUGGAUGAUCUAGGAUUUGAAUCCUUCAAUGCACGAAUCCAUGUUUGCAGGAGUUCCUAUGCGCUCAUCGGUCAGAAAUAUCCUACGGAUGGGCCACCUUUGGCUGAGGUGCACACCGCAGCUGGUGAAGGGAAGGCCAUCGCUGUGGCCCGCCUCAAGGCCGGACUCAUGCGCAGAGGGCGCUUCGGAGGAGCGCAUUUGUUGGAUGCCGUCAUUGAAGAUGGUGUUAUCAUUCAUUAUGAGACUGAAUCUUUUCAUGCAGAUCAGGUGCUUGACGUCUUGAACAACUCAGGUCAAGUCAUGGCUGGAUACGUGCGACCAAAGCACCCCAAGUGGACUGGCACCGCCUUGGACCUCAUCGAAGCUCAAGACGCCUGGGCCAUGAGUGAGGUCAGCAUUUUGGUGCAAGUGGUGGCCUGGUAUGUGGUGUGCAAUGGGAUCAAAUUCAAUGGCUGCCACCGUCCCAAUCUCAUCGAUUUGCCAGAGGAUGAGGGGUUGCUACUGGUGCCAUGCCAGCACUUGCAGGUGGACGUGCAGGAGUUCGAGGUUGUGCUGACGCUGGAUGGCCACGGUUCCCAGAUCCUCCAGUUGUGGACAUGGCAGGCGCUGCUAGGGGGCUUUUGUUCCAGUUCUUCUGCGGCCACUGGCAGCCAAGUUCGCUUCGAUGGGCCCUUGUGCUGGCGAAAAACCGCACUUUGGUAG